AUGAAAUUAACACCAUUGGAAAGAAAUAUUGAUAAUCAAGCGAAUUAUUACAUAAACCUGAGCACCAAUACCCCUGACGGUAUCGGGCAAUGCAUCAUUGCUGUAAGCAAUAUUAGUGAGAUCAGCAUGCAUUUUUCCUGGAUGAAACGAAAUGUGCAAACUGACAUGCACAGAAUACAUACAAAGAAUUAUUUUCCCUUAGAACUGCUUCACAUUAAUCCAGACCAAGGAGUUUUCGCACCAACUUCCGUUCACUAUUUUACUGUAACGGCUGAAUAUAAAGAUUUACAACCAAAUUAUUAUUUUGCUGUUCUACAAUUAUACGUAGAAGAUAUACCAGUUGAUGCGAUACCAAAAAAUACGGAUCUACAAACGAAAGAAUGCACCACAAAACAACGAACAUGUCCAGCUUCUGUAGACGUUUGGAUCGCCGAUGUCGAAGUUUGGUUGCAAUACAUGAUGGAUGAGGAGGAUAAAACUGAUCGAACAACAGAAGAAGUAUUGAAACAUAUCUUGGAUGUGCCAUCAGAUAUCAAAUAUCCCCGAUCAGAUUACGAAGAAGAAGAAGACAAAGAAGAAAUGAUAGAAGAAUUACUAGAAGAAGAAUUUGAAGAAGGAACAUCAACGUGUCAGUUAGAAGCAGAUGAAUUAUUUCAUCACCACGAUUUAGUAAACCUAAACCAAUUCGACCUACUGUGGCAAGAGCAUAUAAUAAGCAUGGGUAUCAUUAGACCCACGAGGCUUGUAAUUUUAAGAUAA